AAAAGCAAAGUUAAAGCUUAGAACAAGCUGGAAAAAGACCGCUGCUUGAAUUAGAACUUGGGCAUGAUUUUUGGUUUUUGCCCGAGAAUAGUUUGAAAUUUUGUCCUAGCUCCUAUACCUAUACAUUGGCAAGCUACAUUCAGCAAUAUUUGUAACAGAUGGCUUCUUCCUUCCGAGCAUUCCUAAACAGUUCAGUUGGCCCAAAAACAACUCACUUUUGGGGGCCUGUUGCAAAUUGGGGUUUUGUUCUCGCUGGAUUGGUGGACAUGAAUAAGCCCCCAGAAAUGAUUUCUGGCAACAUGACAUCAGCGAUGUGUGUCUAUUCUGCAUUAUUCAUGAGGUUUGCAUGGAUGGUACAACCACGAAACUAUCUACUGUUGGCGUGCCAUGCUUCAAAUGAGACAGUACAGCUCUACCAACUCUCCCGUUGGGCAAGAGCUCAAGGGUAUUUGUCGGAUAAGAAAGACAAAGCUACAUUGCAGUAAAGCAGCUUCAGUUGGAGCUAGCUGCUUUUCGUUUCUUUCCCUUCCAAGUGUCUGUGAGUUUUACUGUGAUCUGUGAAGAUUGUAGUAUUCUGAACUUACUAUUAAAGCAUUCAUUUUGACUGCUAAACCAAUAAUGAUUGUUGGAGUGCAUCUUGAUUGACCCUAUAAUGUGUUCUGAAUCUUGAUUUUACCUGUUAAAAAGGUAAAAUUAGCUUAGAGUUACGAUCACUGUUGAUUUGGGCAUCAAGUCAUGUUUUUAAUAAACUUUGAAUCGAUUUAGCAGAUCACAGAAUGUAUAAUUUUUAACUUUGUCCA